AUGCCACCAUCUACUCGCCACGUUGCCGAGUCAAUAGAUCGUUGUGUUGAAAAUAGUAAUAGUAGACCUUAUGACAAAAAUGAAGUAAAAGUAGCCGACCUCAUCAAGAUUAAACAGUAUAAGUAUGAGCGGAAAUUAAACAAGACAAAAUUAAGUGCUCGUUCAAAACUUGACAUAUUCGAAUGGUCGAGCCGUGGGUUCAUCAAUAAUAACUAUUGGAUAGAUCAAUCUGUUGACAAGGUUCCCAGAAUUUCCGUGUCACAAGUUUCUCGGGAGGAAUUUAUCGAAAAAUAUGAGGCACCGGGUGUUCCAGUUGUUAUUACCGGUUGUACCGAGGGUUGGGCCGCCGAAACCAAGUGGAAUAAAGAGGAUCUGAUUCGAAACUAUAAAAGUUACAAAUUUAAAAUCGGUGAAGAUGAUAAAGGGAAUCCUGUUCGCAUGACUUUCAAAUAUUACAUGCACUACUUGGAUAACGAAGGACAAAAAGAAGAUAAUUAUAAAGUUCCACCUUAUUUUGAUGAUGAUCUCUUUCGGUUCACUGGCGAAAGACGUAGACCUCCAUAUCGUUGGUUUAUGAUUGGUGGUGAAAGAAGUGGCACCGGGAUUCACGUUGAUCCACUUGGAACCUCCGCAUGGAAUACAUUGUUAGUUGGACACAAACGGUGGUGUUUAUUUCCGCCGUCCGUUCCUCGUAAACAAAUUGACCCGCCGAUGAAGCAAAAAGAUCAUGAGGCCGUAACAUGGUUUACACACGUUUUUCCUAAGCUGGUCAGGAGUGUCGAUGGAAAGGAGAAAAGUGUCGCCGAAGAAUAUGACAUGAUAGAAGUGUUGCAGAGACCGGGAGAGACCAUGUUUGUACCCGACUUUACUAUAGCUGUCACACAAAAUUUCUGUUCUCCAACAUCCAUUGAAUACGUUUGGUUACGCACCAGAAACGCACGUCCCAAACUUUCGCAAAAGCUUCUUCGGAAGCUCACAAAAUUGGCUAAUAAUACAGAAGGAACAAGUAUUAGGCAUGACCAAGACUUUUAUAAGAACUUGAUAUUUAGGAUUAAAAGUUUGGAGACUGUUCCAGCUAGCAGUUCUGAAAUUGGAGACACGGAGGUGAGCGAAACAGAAUCCGAGACAGAUGGAAGUGACGGCGAGUGUCGUUGCCAUUCGUGCAAGAUGAAGUCCAAAAGAAUGGAAAAACGUCAAGAACGUGAAAGACAAAGGUUGGAACAGCAAAGGGAAUGGGAAAGACCGAACGGAAUAGAGAAUGAGGAUGUUGGAAUGUGUAAAAAGGAAAAGGUUGAUGUGGAGGAUUUUAGGGAGAAUAAACGAAGAAGGAUGUAA